UCUCAUUCUUUGCCGACCAUGACCUCUUCUCUUAAUUCAUGUUAAUCUCAUCUUAAUUCAUCUUCUUCACAUCAUUAAUUAAUCCUAUGGAGAAAUUCAACCAAAUUAUACCAUGGAGCUCAGAGGAACUACUAGGUUUAGGUCAUGUUAAUAAGUUUUAUAGGUGUAGUUUUUGUAAAAGAGGUUUUUCAAAUGCACAAGCAUUAGGUGGACAUAUGAAUAUUCAUAGAAGAGAUAGAGCAAGGCUUAGAGAAUUUUCAAGUGAUCAAAAUUUGCUUUCUUUGGAUAUUAACAACUCCGUUUAUCCUCCUCCUCCUCCUGGAAAUGAUGACUUGUUGCAACGAGAUAAUGAGGGAAUAAUUAGUAGCCCCUCGAAAAGGCCAUGUGUUAUGGUGAGUUGUGAUCAUAACCCUCCUCAUCCUCCUCCUCCUCCUCUUGCUCUUCCUCAUGAUGUCUUGUUGCAACGAGAAGAAUCAUCAUAUGGUGAAAAAACUAUUAGUAGCCCCUCGAAAAGGUCAUGUGUUAAGGUGAGUUGUGAUCAUAAUCCUCCUCCUCUUAUUCCUCCACAUGAUGUCUUGUUGCAACAAGAAGAAUCAUCAUAUGGUGAAAAAACUAUUAGUAGGCCCUCGAAAAGGCCAUGUGUUAUGGUGAGUUGUGAUCAUAACCCUCCUCAUCCUCAUCCUCAUCCUCUUGCGCUUCCUCAUGAUGUCUCGUUGCAACGAGAAGAAUCAUCAUAUGGUGAAACAACUAUAAGUAGCUCCUCGAAAAGGCCAUGUUUUACAUAUGAUCAAGAAAAGGAUCAUUAUGAUCAUAAUCUUUCUCUUGUAAAUUGUGAUUUGUUCCAACGAGAGGUAUCAUCAAACGAUGAGACAAUAAUUAGUAGCUACUCGAAAAGGCUAUGUGUUACAUAUGAUGAAGAGAAUGAUCAUCUAAUUACAUCCAAGGUUAAUCAUUAUGAUCAUAAUCAAGAAGUGAUUAUUGGAGAUCAUUUGCAAUUACCUUUAUUUAAAGAGACUCCAUUAGUUAAAGAAGCAAGCAAUUGUAUGGAAAAUGGGAAAUUAGAAAACAAGGGCAUGGAGCAAAAUCAUGUGUCAAUAUUGGAUCUUGAGCUUCGGUUAGGGAUGGACUCGACAGACACAGAUCCACGAUUUGAACUUCAUAAGUUAUGAAUUUUAAGUUCAUGUGAUCUAAGUUUACAUAUUCAACGAAUUUCUCAACAAAUAUACACAGCUUUGACUUCAGGUUAAAGUAUUGAGUUACAUCGAAUCGAGAGUUAUAAUUUAUUAUAAGAUGUUGAUCAAGUAUACUUUCUAGAAUCCAUCAAAGAGGUACUUUUCUUUACUCAUCCUUACAACUUCCCUCUUUUUAAUUUAUUUUAUUUUCAAUAUGUAAUUUUUAUUUAAGCUAAAUGAUCAAAAUCAACAAAAACAUAUUUUAUUUUGUUAUUUUUCUCUCUUUUCCUAAACCUUAAACAUUUGGUAAGUAAGCAUACUUGUAUUCCUAUACUAAAAAAGAUGUUUAAUUCAUGUUAUAUAUUUUGGAUCACAAAUAGUUUUCUUGAAGUUUAGGUGUACUAACUCUAAUGCU